AUGACUCAGCGCAAAAUCAGCCCGUCUUCCAAACUGAAUCCAUUCAGUGACCGGGCCGUCCGGGUUGAGGACGAUAGCGCCUGCAAUAAUGGCACCAAGGCCGGUAGCACCUCGCACAAUAAGAUAGAUAAUAUUAGCCCAGCUCAAGGCGCUGCUGGCCAAUUCCUAGCUUCGUUGGAGCCUAAUGAUCGACGGAUUGCCAAUCAGUUUGAUAGCAAAUGCGUGCUUGAGAGCGCUGUGGUUGGAAGUGAUCAUGAGAAGGCGGAGCUUGUCCUAGAGGAGCGAAAAUGGUCUGAAAAUGAAGCACGUGUCGGCAGCACAGGUGUGUUCCUUAGCGAACGAUGCUGGGCCGAGAUUGCAAGAGUACUUUCGACAUAUCCUGGUGAUUCUGUCAAUAACGGAGAUGAAAUGCUUCACUCUACUGAAUACAGUAACCAUAAAGCCCGAGUCCACAGCUUUGAAGAAAACUUUCCGACCAAUGCGUCUAUUCACGGAGAUGAGGCUGAGUACGUUGGCCAUUUCGGCAGCCGCGAUGUUGAGGGUCGAUCAGAUGGAAACGCCUCCGCAUUCAAUUCUGGGAAUAUGUUUAAAGACCUAGAUACCCGAGAGCAAAUGGUUGAGAAAAGCAAGGAUCGCAAAAUGGAAGAAGUGGACGUUCUACCAGUUUCCAGCGGUCGCAAGCGAUGGCUCUUUAUCCUCCUGGAGCAUUUCGGAAAGCUCAAGAAGUGA